UGAAUUCUACGUUGCAUAUAGUUGAACACUUGAACUAAACAUUGGCAACAUCACCAUUAUUCUCAUCUUCAAUCCCUCCUCAACCUUGCAUCCACUGAUCCACCCAUAGCUAUCAUCACAUAUUCUUCACACUAUAAUCAACCCAAAAAUACCUUAUCUUCAAUGUUAAUCAUAAUUUUUACUUUGUUCUAUGCACUCUUUAAUCCUGCAUACUCAAUUUCCUUCAACUUCUCUAACUUUCCCUCAAACUUAUAUCUAAUAAAAUUCCAAGGUGAUGCAUUUUCAUCAAACAAUGUUCUUCAGCUAACAAAAAACCAACUCGACGGCCCAAUCACAAGCAGCGUCGGUCGUGCUUCAUUUGACCAACCGGUGAAGCUUUACGACAAAAAAACAAAAGAGCUAACUGAUUUCACAACUCAUUUCUCCUUUGUUAUGAAAGCCGUUAAUUCUUCGCAGACCGGUGAUGGUAUAUCGUUCUUCAUCGCUCCUUUUCAAUCCGAAAUCCCGAUGAACUCCUCGGGUGGUUACCUUGGUUUAUUCAGCUCGGACUCUGCAUUAAACACUAGCAAAAACCAAAUAGUAGCUGUUGAGUUUGAUAGUUUUUCGAAUGAUUGGGAUCCAAAACAUGAUCAUGUUGGAAUCAAUGUUAAUUCGAUUCAAUCGGUUCAAAAUGUUUCUUGGAAGAGUAACAUGAAAAACGGUUCGAUUGCGAAUGCUUGGAUUUCAUAUAACUCAACAACAAAAAACCUUACUGUUUUUCUUACUUAUGCUAAGAAUCCAACUUUUCAAGGAAACUCAAGUCUUUCACAUGUUAUUGAUUUGAGUGAAGUUUUACCUGAAUAUGUUAGGGUUGGUUUUUCAGCUGCUACAGGUCAAUGGAUUGAAAUACACAACAUUCUAUCUUGGUCAUUCAAUUCAACUAUGGAAAAUGGUAAUGGCAAAAAAAAUAGCAAGGUUGUUAUAGGAGUUAGUUUAAGUGCUGGUUUUGGUUUUAUAACUUGUUUUGUAUGUUUGUUAUGGUUCACUUUAUGGAGAAAAAGAAAUGGGUUAUAUAGGGGUAAAAUGGACAAUAAUAGAGAUGUUGAUGGUUCAAUAGAUGAAGCUGAAUUUGAGAGAGGAACUGGUCCAAAAAAAUUCACCUACAAAGUACUAAGCAAUGCAACAAAUGGUUUUGAUGAAAAAGGGAAACUUGGAGAAGGAGGAUUUGGAGGUGUUUAUAAGGGCAUAAUUGGAAAAACCAACAAAAAAUUUGAAGUGGCUGUGAAAAGGGUUUCAAAAGGGUCAAGACAAGGUAAAAAAGAAUACAUAUCAGAAGUAAGAAUAAUAAGCAAAUUAAGACAUAGAAAUUUGGUUCAAUUAUUAGGUUGGUGUCAUGAAAAAAAUGAGCUAUUACUUGUUUAUGAAUAUAUGCUUAAUGGAAGUCUUGAUUUUCAUUUAUUUGGAAAAGGGGUUAUGCUAAGUUGGAAUUUAAGGUACAAAAUAGCAUUAGGCUUAGCAUCAUCACUUCUUUAUUUACAUGAAGAGUGGGAACAAUGUGUGGUUCAUAGAGAUAUUAAAUCAAGUAAUGUUAUGUUAGAUGCAAAUUUUAACUCCAAGUUAGGUGAUUUUGGUCUUGCAAGAUUAGUGGAUCAUGAACUUGGUUCACAAACAACUGUUUUGGCAGGUACUAUGGGAUAUUUAGCACCUGAAUGUGUUACUACUGGAAAAUCAAGUAAAGAAUCUGAUGUUUAUAGUUUUGGUGUUGUUGCACUUGAAAUAGUAAGUGGUAGAAGAUCUAUUGAACCAAAAGAAGAGGCUAAGAAAGUUAGGCUUGUGGAAUGGAUUUGGGAGUUAUAUGGUAAAGGUGAAUUAUUUGAAGGUGUUGAUAGAGGGUUAAAUUUGGAAUAUGAUGAAAAGCAAAUGAAGUAUUUGAUGAUUAUUGGAUUAUGGUGUUGUCAUCCUGAUUUUACUAUGAGGCCUUCUAUUAGGCAAGUGAUUAAUGUUUUGAAUUUUGAAGCUAAUUUGCCUAAUCUUCCUUCAAAAUUACCUGUGCCUAUGUAUUUUGCACCUCCUAUGGAGAUGUGUAGAUUUUCUUAUACUUCUGAUGGUCUUACAAACACAACUAAAGGAUCAUCUACUUAUUCAUCAUUGUCAGCUGGGUCUAGAAAAUCUCUAUUGUAGGCAAAAGUUGUGUCUGUUUUUUUUUUUUUUUGUAUGUGUGUUGUAUUUGGCAUUUGAUGUGGCAAAAAAAAAGUUUGAUUUCAUCCAUUUUAUGUAAUUACUCAAUUUUUUCUUUUAUAUAAGAGGUUGUAAGAACUUUUGAUCUUAGAAGUGAUCUCCUUAUAUAUUGCUCCAGCAAUAUUUUGAGUUUGCUUGAAUUAUCUUGAAUUAUCUUAAAUUAUCUUGAUUCACUUUGGAUAUUCUUAAUUAAAUUCUUGUU